AUGGACACGAAUGCGUCGGCCCUGCCAUCCAGGCGCAGUCACCCUCCCCCUUCCAGCCCCGGCGCAGAGCUCGAGACGCCCAAAGUCCCUGUCUACUAUGUCAGCGGGGUCCAGGACAAAGACAAGGGGCUCGUCGCCAUUCAGCCCCUUCCGAGAGGCACUGUCUUCCUCGAAGAGCGCCCGUUGUUCACGCAGGACCCGGGAUGCACGAACUCGAACGUCCUAUCUGCCCUCGCGGGCUGCACGCGCGACGAGCAGCGCGAGUACUUCACGCUAUCCAACGCGUACAAGAGCGGCGGGAAGGUCCUCCCUGCGCUCGCGAUCUUCCAGACCAACUCUUUUGCGUGUGACGACUCCCCGCAGACGGCCCCUUCGAAGCAACGACGCGGCAUCUUCCUCACCGCCUCGCGUAUCAACCACUCGUGCACGCCCAACGUCGGACGCAUAUGGGACUCUGGCCAACAAGCGCUUGUCUUCCGCACCCUGCAUCCCGUGCAGGCGGGCGAGGAGCUCUGCAUGAACUACGUGGAUGUGCUCGGGACACGGGAAGAACGCAAUGCGCACUUGGCAGACUACUUUGGGUUCCAAUGCGCAUGCGCGGUUUGCGCGUUGCUGGGCGAGGAGCUCGCGCAGAGCGAUCAGCGGAGGGCGACUGUACGGCGACUGUAUGACGAGGUCAGCAUGUGCUUGAAGGAGCCUACACUGGGCAUACGGAAGGCAAAAUUGGCGCUCCGGCUUCUUCAAGAAGAGAGGCUUGCGCUGUACGAAGCAACGUUUUGCUUCGAUGCCUUCCAGCUAUGCGUCCUGGUCUCAGACUUUGGUAACGCGAAGGCUUGGGCGCGAAAGGCAUGGCAUGCAUCCUGCGCCUCUUCUGGGCUUGACGGUCCCGCCGCGCGAACAUUCAAGAUGUACUGGGCCAACCCGGGAGCCCAUCGUCUUGCCGGGACACUGCCACGUAUGGUGUUGAGCGGGCCCGAUUAG